AUGUCUGCAGCAUCUAUAUCCAGGAACAAAGUUUGCCGCAAUGUAGAGAUUGGGCAUCAUGAUGCCACGAAAGAAUGGCACAAAGCGGAGGCUGCUCUGUCGACUGCUUUGCGAUCCAAAGUGGAAACGGAGGCUGAGGAUGCUGAAAUGGCUCUUUAUGUGCAGCGUGUGCAGAAGAGCGUCGACAAUCUGUUGCCACAUUCGCCAUCGGCCGGUUUCUCGGGCACGGAUUCACAGGAACGAAGUGGCCACAUCGCAGAAAAGGGCACAUCUGCCUUCUUGGAGCGGGCGCGGCUGAUGCGAUGCCGUGCCAGUGACGCCGGCAAGAAGCUGAAGGACCACGCCAAGCGAAGACUGCGAAUCAAGAUUACAGACAUCUUCAAAGAGGUUGGCAGGAGACAGUCUUUGAGGCAGAGUCAGGAGAAAGUCCGGAAGUUCCGGGAAGACCUGCACCAGCGUGGAUUUGGUCCGAAUGCCUCCACCGGCGAUGCGGAUUUCUUUGCUCUUGGAAUCGGUGCAACGACCGACAGCUACGAAGAUGAUGCAACUCCGCGGCGGCGAUGCCUUCUGGAAUCGCUUUCGCUGGAGGAGCUGGCGAUGGUGCGUGCCAAUCCGCGAUGGUAUAUCGAGGCGUCUUUGCAAGAUGGCGAGGACGAGAACGUUCACGCGAAUCGAGAAAGGCUCAUCGAUUUCUUCACACCCGCCCGGAAGGACAGGCAUGUGUCCAUCGAGUGCUAUUCCCAGCGCCUCUGGUCUCGGCUUGCCGCAGCGUCUGAGGCGAUACAGGAGAGCCAAGACAGCGGGAGGGCCUCCGACCGCCUCCGGUCGCUCUUCGGGCCUGGGGGCCCCGGCCCAGGACUCAGCGGCUCUCGGAUGACAUCUCAAGGAUUGAGUCCCCAGCCGAGCACGAUGCAGUCUGUGGCCGACUCACAGAUGUUCUCUUCGCUGUCAGCAGGAUCUUUGCCUAGACGGGAGCCCAUCAGAGCUGACCAACCUUCUCCAACUAUGGAGAAAGUAUGGGAACGACAUCGUCGCAAAGAGGCACGAGAUACCCAGAUGCUCGAGGAUCGACGUCUCGCAGCAGAAGAGCGUCUGGCCAAGAAUGCCUUCAAGGUGAGCCAGCAGCUUAGCGAGUACGACUCUUCGCAGUCCAAGUACAAGGAGCUGCACAAGCUUCGAAUGUCUGAUGCCUUGGAUCGCAAGGCAGCCCUAGAUGCCGAGAAUCAGGAGAGACUUGCAGUGAUGGAUGAGUUCAAGCUGCGUAAGAUCAGGCAUGCUUUGGAUGUUGCGGAUGAGCAGUUGGAGCGCAAAAGGGACAAAGUCUCGGAAGGUUUGGAGGCUUGGCAGUCAGCGGUGCGGCGUGCCCGGCGCUACCAGCACGUGCAGGAGCGAAAGGCUUUGGCGAAGCUGCAAGCGAACCAGGAAGCCUACAACGCAAGGCUUGCGAAGGUCGGUGAGACCCGGAGCGAAAAGACGGAGUCUCAAGCUCAAAAGAAUGACAAGCUCAAAGCAAGGAUCCAAGUGUCCCUGAUGCAGCAGCUAGAUGAGCAGAGGAAGCUUGAGUGCGAUCGCAUCUUAAUUGCUUCGGAGCAGAAGGUGGAAGCAGCCAGAUACCGGCGCUAUCACAGCCAAAAUAAAUACAACUUUCUCGAGCGUGCAUUCGGGGAGCAGGUGAAGUUCGACCACAAGUAUGCGUUUACGCCCUCUCGGAAGGGUCGGCACAACACCUCUUCCGAAAGCUUGUGA